AUGCGGAUGGCGAGGGCGAUCGGGUGGGCUGACGUCGCCGACGCGCUGCGGGAGCACCUGCAGCUCUGCUGCAUCUCCCUCGGCCUUCUCCUGAUGGCCGCCGUCUGCCCGCACGUCCCGCUGCUCAACUCAGUCGGGCGCCUGCCGGCCGCGCUCAUCGCCAUCGCCUUCCCUCUUGUCGGGGUUUCUGCAGCACUUGACGCUCUUGUAGAUAUUGCAGAUGGCAAAAUAAAUAUCCAUGUACUUAUGGCUCUUGCAGCAUUUGCUUCUAUAUUUAUGGGAAACUCAUUGGAGGGUGGUUUACUUCUUGCAAUGUUUAACUUAGCUCAUAUCGCUGAAGAGUACUUUACAAGCAAGUCAAUGUAUGAUGUGAGGGAACUUAAGGAAAAUCAUCCAGAAUUUGCACUGUUGUUAGAAACAAGUGGAGACGAGUCAGCACACUUUUCAAAUCUAAAUUAUGCAAAAGUUCCUGUGCAUGACCUUGAAGUGGGUUCUCAUAUUUUGGUCAGAGCUGGUGAGGCUGUGCCUGUUGAUGGAGAAGUUUACCAAGGAUCAUCCACAAUCACCAUAGAACACCUCACUGGUGAAACAAAACCUGUUGAGAGAACUGUGGGGGAUGCUAUACCAGGUGGAGCCAGGAAUUUGGAAGGAAUGAUGAUUGUAAAGGUGACCAAAUCAUGGGAGGAUUCAACACUCAACAGAAUUGUCCAGCUGACUGAAGAGGGCCAGCUAAACAAGCCAAAGUUGCAAAGAUGGUUAGAUGAGUUUGGGGAGCAUUAUAGCAAAGUUGUCGUGGCUCUGUCUUUGGCUGUUGCACUACUGGGACCAUUCCUCUUUAAUUGGCCCUUUUUCGGUAACUCAGUUUGUAGGGGUUCAAUUUACCGUGGAUUAGGACUUAUGGUGGCUGCAUCUCCGUGUGCAUUGGCAGUAGCUCCAUUAGCAUAUGCCACUGCAAUCAGUUCUCUUGCAAGUAAGGGAAUUUUAUUGAAAGGUGGGCAUGUCUUAGAUGCCCUAUCUUCUUGUCAGUCUAUUGCUUUUGACAAGACAGGCACAUUAACAACUGGGAAGCUUAUGUGCAAAGCAAUCGAGCCCAUUCAUGGACAUUUGGAUGCGAGUAAUGGUGUUGACCCUUCUUGUUGUACUCCGAACUGUGAAAGUGAAGCUCUAGCUGUUGCUGCAGCUAUGGAGAAAGGAACAACCCAUCCUAUUGGAAGGGCAGUUUUAAAACACUCUGUUGGGAGAGACCUCCCAGUGGUUGCUGUUGAGAGUUUUGAGAGCUUACCUGGUAGAGGAGUUGUUGCUACUUUGAGUGGCAUAAAGGCAAGAGACAGUGAAAAUGAGUUUGCUAAGGCAUCUAUCGGUUCUGUGGAAUAUAUUUCUUCACUAUACAGAUCUUAUGGUGAAUCUGAACAAAUAAAAGAGGCAGUAAAGUGUUCUGCAUUUGGUCCUGAAUUUGUCCAAGCUGCUCUCUCAGUAGAUAAAAAGGUAACCCUUUUCCACUUUGAGGAUGAACCCCGUACUGGUGUCUGUGAAGUUAUAUAUACCUUAAGAGAAAAGGCUAAACUUAGAAUCAUGAUGCUUACUGGAGAUCAUGAAUCAAGUGCUCAGAGAGUUGCUAAAGCUGUAUGCAUUGAAGAAGUUCACUUCUCUUUAAAGCCAGAGGACAAGUUGAACAAAGUAAAAGCAGUUUCAAGGGAGGGAGGUGGAGGUUUAAUAAUGGUUGGUGAUGGUAUAAAUGAUGCACCAGCUCUUGCAGCUGCAACAGUCGGUAUUGUUCUAGCACAACGCGCCAGUGCAACAGCGGUAGCUGUUGCAGAUGUUCUGUUGUUGCAGGAUAAUUUAUGUGUGGUGCCAUUUUGUAUCGCUAAAGCUCGUCAAACAACUUCAUUGGUGAAGCAAAGCGUAGCUCUUGCCUUAACCUGUAUUGUUUUUGCUGCACUUCCUUCUGUCUUAGGAUUUCUUCCUCUUUGGUUGACGGUGGUCAGAGUGAACACAAAUAUGCCAAGUCUUAGAUUUUGA